AUGAAGAUCCGAGUGGUCCAGAUCUGGGGGUUCCUGAUGACGGUGCUGGGCUGGAUCUUCGUGGCCUGCACUAUGGCCAUGGAGGGAUGGAAAAUCUCCUCCAUCGGGGGCAUGGGGGGCUCGUCCAUCAUCAAGGUGGCCUGGUACUGGUCCAGCCUGUGGAGGUCCUGCUUCACAGACUCCACUGCUGUCAGUAACUGCUAUGAUUACCCCGUGCUCUGGUCUGUGGAGGGACACAUCCAGAUCGUACGAGGCCUGCUGAUGGCCGCUCUGUCCCUGGGCAUGCUGGGCUUUGUCCUCAGUCUGAUGGGGAUGGAGUGCACCUUCAUCGGGGGAAAAGACCGUUCCAAGUACAAGAAGAUCUACGCCGGUGGAUGGUGCCACGUCAUCAGCGGUUUGUUGGCUUCAUCUGGAUAUGCAGUUUACGCCCAGUACGUCUCAGUAGAAUACUUCGACCCUAACUUCGACGGACUGCAGUAUGACCUCGGCACCCCGCUGUUCCUCGGCUGGGUGGGCGCUGCCUUUCACUCCACCGGCGGUUUCUUCUAUCUGUGGUCGGUGUGCAAGCCGCUCUGUGGAGGAGAGGCCACAAUAAUCAAAGUUCAAGCUCUGCCGGACCCAGAGGAAACCAAGUCCACUACAGCUCUGUCUUCGGUGUCCAAGAUCACCUCCAAGACCAAAGUGUCGUCCAUUUCUGAGCUGUCGUCCAGGUCUGAGCGCUCAGAUGUGUCUGUCAUCUCCUCCAGAUCAGGACGCACGUCCAAAUCUGGCCGCACGUCGAAGUCGGGGCGUUCAUCGAAGACGGGGCGAACGACGAGGUCUGCGGGGUCGAGCUCAGCGUCCCGAUCCGGAUCAGGGUCCGGCUCGGUGUCCGAGAUCUCGUCAAGAUCCAGCAUAUCGACCCUAUCUGAGUCGAGGAGCAGCAGCCGGACAGCGUCGUCACUGUCAGGCAGCUCGAGGAGCGAAACUACACCGUUCAUCAAAAACUCUUAUAUCUGAGCGACGUGAGACAGAUAAUAAUGAAUGUGAUGAACACCAUGUCUUUCUGUUUAACCUUCCUGUCGUCCUGCGGGUCAAAACUGACCCGUUUUAAAGUUUGAAAAUGUAGAAAACCAUACAGAUUUUCACAGUAAAACUUCUGAUGUCCACAUUUUAAACAUUUUUGGGAAAUCUUUGAACAUUUUUUGGUGGAA